UGCCAAGUGAUGUGGCCUUUGAAUUGACGGUGAUGUUGAGGUCGAGAGACUGGCUCAGGCUGCUCUUCAAAAAUUCUGGCAUUAUAAAUUCGCUCACUGCUUUCUCUCUUCGCCACGGCGACCCUUCAUUACGUGCAUUCCGACUCGGCAUUGAUGUAUCUCCCUGGUUCAAGCACUCAGAAUAUGGUCAGGCAGGCGAGAAUAAAGAGCUAAGAGUAUUGUUCUUUCGCAUCGCUGCACUUCUAAAGCGCCCAGUUCUUCCUCUGUUCGUAUUCGAUGGACCACAUGCAGCAAAGGAACGCCAUCCGAUGGAGAAGGAGUUGACGAGUGGCAUGAAGGAGUUGGCAGAGGCGUUCGGUAUCGAACACAGGACUGCGUCGGGUGAUGCUGUCGUCGAUCUCGCAUUGCUCAACGCGCACGGCGUAAUCGAUGGCAUAUUAACCGAUGACUUUGAGGCCUUUCUGUACGGUGCUCAUACUGUCAUUCAGAAUCCGUCCUCGACUCAUCGCGGUCCACCGAACGAUAAGGGCAAACAAGAACGGUAUCUCGUCCAUCGCCUUGCCGACCUUGGAUAUAAUAGAGCAAGUCUUAUAUUCAUAUCACGACUUUGCACACAGACAGGAGCAUUCGACUGCAACUUUAUGGAAAUCGCGAUUGAGCUCACCCGAUUGGGCUUCGCCGACUCACUCCUGAGAGCAGCUACCACUAUGACCCGAACCGAACUAGAAGCCUUCAUACCAUCCUGGCGCGCAGAGCUCAUCCAGGAGCUCACUACACCCUCCGACGCCUUCUCUCCCUCCCUAGCCCACUUUGCACAGUUCGCCCGCGUGUCCUCCUUCUUCCCCGACGUCAACAUGCUCCUCGCCUACAUCAACCCCGCCAUCACCAUAUCCCACGACAUACAAUGGUCCCGCCGCGAACCGUCUUUACCCGCCCUCGCGUCGAUAUGCGAGCGCUACUUUGAGUGGGGCUGGAAGUCGGAGAUCGUGAAGCGGUUUAGGACGAUUAUGUGGCCAUCGAUUGUGAUUCGGGCGAUGCGGCGGUACGCGAUGGCGCCUGACCAGCCAGUGUUCACGCUCGGGGGGAUGUUCGCGGGGAGCCAGCGCGUAGGGGUGGAUAAUGAUUGGAUAUUGAGGGUCACGGGUAAGAAGGAGGAUGCGUUUUUCAAUGAUGAGUUGUUGUAUUAUGUGGAGGUGGAUCCGAGGAUGUUGGUGUACCUUGCAGAGGCGGGUGUGAAGGGUACGCGGCGUCCGUUGCCGGAUUGGAAGGCCCCGAAGGAGCCUGUGGAUCCGAUGUCCCCGUUGAAGAUGUGGCUCCCUGCUGUGUUAGUGCGAGAGGCGCGGCCUGAUUUGGUGCAGGCGUAUGAAGAGUCGCUUGUCCUGAAGGCAAAGCAAUCGCGUGCACAGAGCAAGAGGGUGGGUGAGAACGAGGACUCGGUUUCCAAGCGUCGAUCCACAGGGAAGACUGCAGCUACAAAAGCUCUGAAGGUUGCUUAGUUAUAUUUAUACGAUCUGGGUUAUUUAUGUACUAAUAGAAGGGUUGGCGAACGCGCUGGUGUAUGACGAGAAUGCUACUACAUUGCUAUCAUUUUGACGUGCAAAGAGGAGCAAGCGUCUAUCCGAGCCCCAAUAAUUUCCGGCGAGCGCU